GGCGGGGCUGCGGCGGCGAGAAAGCGCGGUGGCGGCGGCGUGCGCGGUGUGUUGCGGUGCGUCAGCAUGGCUGACGAGAUCCGUAAGGCGCAGGCCGCGCGCCCCGGUGGGGACACCAUCUUCGGGAAGAUUAUCCGCAAGGAGAUUCCCGCCAACAUAAUCUACGAGGACGAGCAGUGCCUUGCGUUCCAUGAUAUCUCACCCCAAGCUCCAACGCAUUUUCUAGUGAUUCCCAAGAAGCCUAUUGUCAGGUUGUCUGAAGCAGAAGAUUCUGAUGAAUCUAGCAGCCUGAGGAUGCAAAAUCAAGUAAUGGCCAUUUCUACAGACAUGAAGAUCUCUGCCCUGCCUCCCCCAGACAUGUGUAUUAUGCCAGGAGAACUAGCAGAGAGAGUGUAAGGAGUUGCAGAGGGAUAAAAACCAUAGGAGGAGGAGAGAAGAUGUGAGCAGAAUGAGGAAUGAGCUAAUCAGCUAACAAAACAAAGGACUGGACAACUGACAAUACAUUUCUAAAAUGACUGAAAUAUGACAAAAAUUUGAAACUUAAAAGAACAAUUAGAAUUUUCCUUAUAUCCUUCCACAUUGUACAUCCUGCUUCUAUGGGCAAGAGUGAUAAUUCUGUGUUCACCACCAGAGGGAUGAUUUUAUACAGAACUAUCAUCAUUAUUAAAUCUUGAAUCCAUGUUUACUUAAUACCCUGGAUUGUAUGUGCACAUGUCAUAGUUUGUGAAGAACUAUUUGUUUCCCCUCAUCCAUUCUAACUGAGAAUAUUAUUGAGGUAAACAAAAAAACAACAAACAAACAGUAAAAUUCAGACAUAUUUCAGACCUACUUCAGAAUGCAGUGAUUACAUUUUAUUUCACUUUUUAAAAACAUUUUUGAAUUUGGAUUCCAAAGAAAAAUCAGUGUCAAUAAGGAGGUCUGACAUAAGUUUUCUAAGAAGAACUGAAUCUGUAGACUUUGCAACAACAGCAGUGAAUGAACACCAUUCUUAUUUAGAAAGAAAAGAAUAAAAUGAGGGUCAUACAGAAGUAUUCCAAAAGGAAUUAUUUAAAAUAGAAUGAAAGUAUUUUCUUCUAUUAAAACAAAUAGUUCAUUCAUGUAUGAUGAAAGAGUGCUCUUAUUUUACUUGAAAAGAAAAAAAAUAAGGCUGAAAGUAAAUUGUGAGGUAAGAUAAUGCUGAAUUUAGUUAGUUUAAUAUUUACUUUGUAGACUGAAGACUUCAGAAGUCAACAGAUUUCUUGCUUCUCUGUGGAGAGAUUUAGAUUUCCUUAGUUCUCUACAUCCUUUGAAUUCUACUUUGAAGCAGAUGUAUACAUUUUAUUUUGGCUGCCAGCCAUAGUAAAACAUGAAAUAGAUAUAUAACUUAUAUGAUUCUUUAAUAAAUCUGUUUCCUUUAUUAUCAGAAAAUAUCCCCCCCUAACACCAGCUUAAGGUCUAGGAAGUGGGAAUUAAAUUUUGUGUAGGAAAUCACUGGGUUCUGUCCUUUCAUGGUAAAGAGCCAUGUUCAGACUGGAAAGCAAGCUAGCCUGCUGCCUUUGAGCCAGUGGGGACAGAUUAUUACCAAAAUGUUUUUCCCACUUUUAAUCUUACAGAUCAUGCUUUAAAUCCUACCUGUGCUCUAUUGUAAAGUGGGCUGAAUGCUCUGCCGUUAGCACAGUUUCUACUGACUUCUAAACAGUCAGUUGUACAAGUCCACAUCAAACAUGCUGUCUGGUAAUAGUGCUAGUAUUGCUAACAGUGUUUUCUGGGUUGUAACUAGUGAGAAGUUCAGUAGAAACAAUAAGGAACCUGUUUUCAGUAAAAAGGGUAUAUUUGCUAAAUUAAGGAAAAAUUCAUGAAGGAAGGGCACGCAAGAAGUGAUAUUUCAUUAUAGAUUUCUCCAAAUGAGCAGAUGCAAUCUUUGUGCCUCCUUUGAGGACAUAAAUGUAGAACAGUCCUGCUUGGAAGUUUCAUUUAGGUCUUCUUUUUUAUUGUACUUCCCCAGCUUUUCCUUGGAUAAGAUUUGUUUUGCUUUGUUUUGUAUUUAAUUGCCUGUAGCAUUGUGUAUUAUUUCAAUACCAUAGUUCUGAUAUGCUUUAGUGAUAUAUGACUAAACUCUGGUAAGGUGAUUUAUUACUUUUUCUUUUAAUUGGGUUUUUGUUUGCACAUCUAACAAGGCCUUGUUAAUGGUAAUUGAAUAAACAGAGAAAAUGUUUGGACAGUGCUCUAAUGCUGUAAACAGUCUAUCAUUUUCUUAUGAGAAACUGCCUCCAUGAACAUUGAGAGCUUUCUUUUAGUUACUAAAAGCCUUAAAGGAAAUGCAGAUGAAGUUACUGUGUGUUAUACGACUCUUGUUUCCACAGAGCUUUCAUUUAUUUUAGUACUCAUUAAUAUAAUGUUACCUAAAACAAGGCCUCAUAGAACUUAACCUUUUGAAAUCUUGUUAUAUAUUUAACAAUGACAAAUGCAGUAAGAGCAGCAUGAUUUGAAAUAAAUAUAUUUUAACAUGA